AUGAAUGCUAUUAAUAAUUUUACAAAGCUACUUGUUAGUAAUAAUGUUUUAAAACAAGUCAAUAAAGCAACAUUAAAGAAGACUGCAGUAGCUUUUGAAAGUACUGAUCGUGAUCGUUUUCGUUCACCUAUUCAAUCACCAUCAAAAAAUCAAUUUGCAAGAUAUGGUGGACGACAUACAGUUACAGCACUUCCUGGAGAUGGUAUUGGUCCAGAGAUGAUUGAUAUUGUACGAAAAAUUUUUGCCUUUGCUAAUGUUCCUGUUGAUUUUGAGGAAUGCCAACUUGAUUCUAAACCAUCAAGUCCUGAAUCUGAUUUAGAUUAUGCUAUUAUGUCUAUUCAAAGAAAUGGUGUUGCCAUAAAAGGAAAUAUUGAAACAAAAUAUGAUGAUCCUAUUUUUAAAUCAAGAAAUGUUGAAUUAAGAAGACGUUUAGAUUUAUUUGCAAAUGUCUUACAUUGUGUAUCAAUCCCAACUAUUCCAACAAGACAUAAAGGUAUAAAUAUUGUUAUGAUUAGAGAAAAUACUGAAGGUGAAUAUUCUGGACAUGAGCAUGAAACUGUUCAUGGUGUUGUUGAAUCAUUAAAAAUUUGUACAAGAGAAAAACUUGAAAGAAUUUCUCGUUUUGCUUUUGAUUAUGCCAUUGCUCAUAAUAGAAAAAAAGUUACUGCUGUUCAUAAAGCUAAUAUUCAAAAAUUAGCUGAUGGUUUAUUUUUAAAAGUUGUUGGAGAAAUAGCUGAAAAAGAAUAUCCAUCUAUUACUUUUGAUAGUAUGAUUGUUGAUAAUGCAUCUAUGCAACUUGUUUCCAGACCACAACAAUUUGAUAUUAUGCUUAUGCCAAAUUUGUAUGGAAAUAUUAUUUCAAAUAUUGCUUGUGGUCUUGUUGGUGGACCAGGACUUGUUUCUGGAAUGAAUAUUGGAGAUAAAUAUGCUGUUUUUGAGACUGGAACUCGUAAUACUGGUUCUGGUAUUGCUGGCCAAGACAUUGCUAAUCCAACAGCAUUUAUUCGAGCUGGUGUUGAUAUGCUCCAUUAUUUAGGACUAAAUGAAUAUGCAAAUCUUAUCAGUGAUGCUUUAUUUGAUGCUAUUGUAACAAAACGUCUUCAUACAAAGGAUAUUGGUGGUACUGCUAAAACAAGUGAUGUAGUUAAUGCUGUUAUGCGCAACAUUGAAUCUUUCAGCAAAUCAGAAAAUUAUGACAUUAAGUACUAA